CGCGGGUCCCCUGGAGCGGCGCGCGGGCUCCUCCCUCCCUCUUUCCUCUCUCCUCCCUCUUUCCUCCCUCUUUCCUCCCUCUUUCCUUCCUCCUCCCUCCUCCCCCCUCCCCCCCCCCGCCCCCGCCCCCGCCCCCGCCGCGGCGUGAGGGGAGGCGGGCGUCGUCGUGGUCGGCGAUGGCCCCCAUGGGGAUCCGGCUGUCCCCGCUCGGGGUGGCGGUGUUCUGCCUGCUGGGCCUGGGGCUGCUGUACCACCUGUACUCGGGCUUCCUGGCGGGCCGCUGGGCGCUGCUGGUGCUGGGGGGGGCGGCGGGGCCCGGGGCGGCGGGGCCCACGGUGGAGCUCCGCCAGCUGCUGGCCGUGGCGGUGGCGGCGGCGGUGCGGGGCGGCGACGAGGUGCGCCGGGUGCGCGACAGCAACGCCCUGCACGAGGAGGCCAAGGGCAAGACCCGCGAGGGCGCCGACGACAAGAUGACCCGCGGGGACCUGCUCUCCAACAGAAAGAUGUUCUUCCUCCUCAAGACCGCCUUCCCCCGCCUGCAGAUAAAUACUGAGGAACGUGUGGAUGCAGCUGAUCAGGAGACCAUCGUAUGGGAUCGCAAAAUUCCUGAGGAUAUCCUGAAGAAAAUAACCAAACCAAAAAAGGUGCCAGCAGAAAGUGUUACUGUUUGGAUUGACCCACUCGAUGCCACACAGGAAUAUACAGAAAACCUUCGGCAGUAUGUCACUACAAUGGUGUGCGUAGCUGUAAACGGUAAACCAGUACUUGGAGUAAUACAUAAGCCAUUCUCUGCCUAUACAGCUUGGGCAAUGGUGGACGGAGGAUCAAAUGUGCAAGCCCGAACCUCCUACAAUGAAAAGACCCCAAAAAUCAUCGUUUCCCGCUCUCAUUCUGGGACGGUCCAGCAACUCGCUCUUCGGACAUUUGGAAACGAAACCACGAUCCUCCCAGCUGGUGGUGCAGGUUACAAAGUUUUAUCCCUCUUGGAUGUUCCUGAUGAGAAUCAAGAAAAAGCUGAUAUAUAUAUCCACGUGACGUACAUUAAGAAAUGGGAUAUAUGUGCCGGCAACGCCCUUCUGAAAGCACUGGGGGGCCACAUGACUACCCUAAGUGGUGAAGAAAUCAGUUACACUGGUUCAGAUGGCAACGAAGGGGGACUCCUUGCCAGCAUCAAUAUGAACCAUCAGGCCCUCGUCCAAAAACUCCCAGAGCUAGAAAAGACUGGACGUAAAUAAGGUAGUUAAUACGGGAGAGAUGCACAAACCUUAAGUCCCGAGGCCCCGUGGGAGACUCUGCAUGAUGAUUCCAGAAACCAACUCCCUUUUCUGACUGAACAGAGCAACUGGAGCUCUGCUCCCUCUUUCUAAACUGCACGGUGAGGAUCGAGAAUGCAGUGGCACGUCUACGAAACCAGUCUCCAAAAUGAAGACUGGAACUUAAAGUCGAUGUACUCAAGGUGCAAAUGCACAUCUAUAUAUUUGUAAAUUAAAAUCCACAUCGUCUCAACUUACCAUUGUCACACUGCAACAUGAGGUUCUCACCUUCAGUGGAAGUUGUUUUUUCAUCUGGAAUGAGGUAGAUGAGGAGGAAUGAUGAGCGUGGGUUCUGUAAACGUACAUUUUUACUACAUCCAAUGGAAAACAAGACUCAAGGGGCUUCCCCCACUUCGAUAGAAAGCACAGGGAGCCAGACACCGUUUAUACGCAACAACCGUUCUGUGCUUUGCCCAGUAUUUCAGGUAAUAUAAAAUACAAGAACAUUGGUGAUUUCUAAAUCAUUACACUUAAAGUCUGUGCAUUUUUAGAGACAAUUGUUAUUCUCCACAGCGUUGUCCAUUUCUAUCGUCCCUCGGAAAUGAGCACGUCCCUUUUGGGCCACCGUUUGUGAGAACUGUACAGACUUUUCAGAAUUGGGCUGGAGAUCUCACCCCUCUCUGAUUUUUAUAGUAGGAAUGCAUAGGUAGUAAAGAGUUAAUUGUUUUAAAUUAUUAAGUUAAUAGGCUUUUGACAGUAUGCUCUUGGCAAAAAUCCCGGUACACUUAAAGUGGCCACUUUCUGCCUUUCAGUUUCAGGCCAAAACAAUGGGACUUCGAGUUAAUUUAGGGGAAAUUCCCUUCCACCCACACUUCAUAAUUCCUAGUUUGAGUCAAGGAAACCAUAACUUUCACCUUGUGUGGUUAGAGCUGGCACCUUUCUCCGUGAGCUUUGUCCUUGAUCAGGAAACCUGGUUUCUCUCAGUGUGCUGAUGUGUCUGGGCAGCUUGUGCUUUCAUCAUCUCCCAGAGCAUUGCUAUUUUCUUUCUCGGUGGGAGGUGGUUUUCCAUGGAGAUCCGAAUUACCCAGCAGCUGGAGAAAUGUGUCCUCAGAGGAAUCCAGUAUUUACCAGGGUGACUGUUUAGACACCAGGGAACUCCUGACCAACACUAAUGGUAAUCCUGACCAACAGGGGAUUACCCUGGGGGAGAGAACCGUGGGAGCUCCAGUUCCAGUGGGUUUCACUGAACCGUAUGAUCUUCUUGUCGCCUGUAGCACAAAGGGCAAGAUCGCUGAGUGAGACACUUGCAUUCAUCCUGCAAACCAUUACUAGUAAAUAAGGAUUAUGCAUGUAUUUUAAAAAAACAAAAAACUCAGCCUUCAUCUGCUUGAUGUUUUGGGAUUUCGUGGGUACCUUCAAGAAGAUGGAAAGGAACCAAGUUACUGAAUCAUUAUCUGACGCCUGGAUAUUCCAUGAUCCUAGAGCUCUUAUAGGAGUCGGAUGCUUUCUGGGUAGGUGAGAGACUAAGUGGACUUUUUUUUUACAUAUAGGAAGGAAGAAUCAAUCCCCAUUAUGUGACCAAGCAACUGAAUUUGUUAAACUUGCAUGCAAAUGAAAACUUUUUGAAAUUUUUAAUUUAAUUUAAAAUUUUAAAAAAACUGUUCAAUACUUUAAGCUGUUAGCCAUCAUUUGGUUCACUGAUAGCUUUUUUAAGUGCAUGUCUAACAUAGUAUUUCCUUUGGCCUGUGAUUCUGGAGAGAGGAUUAUUCAAGAACCCAUCAGACUUGCCUUUGAGUGUUCCCCAGCUGCUCAAAUGAAAACAAAAAUGCCAAGAGCUUUAAGCAUUGAACAUUGUGUGUUAAAAGUAACUUAGUUUUUAAAAACUGUCAGAUGAUCUGAGGCGUUAAGAAAAUAGUAAGAAGUUCAAAUAGGUCCCAGUUUUAUUUUUGGUGAAAUCAGAAGUGACUUUAAUUAGCAAUGAUAACAGCUGCCUCACGGCGCUGUUGGAAUCAUUUGGUGUGUUGAGAUCACCCACCCACAUGUUGGGAUUGGGGCAGAGGCCCUGGGUGACUGACACUACAAACAGGGCAGUGUCCUUUUGUGUGCUAAAGUUCUGGCUAUUUAUAAAUUUAUCAAAACUUUUUGAUACGUACCAAUUUCAGUGUGUUCUUUCCUUUUGAUAAGUGAGGUGGUGAUGUUUAAAAACUUUUACCAUGAAUUCUUUAGAAAGUGAAUGUAAUUUUCAUUUCCAAUCGUUAAAUAUUAAAAGAGCUGACAGGAAAUUGUGUGGUCUUUUUAAGUUGGGUGGUGAAAAAUAGGAUUUAAAAGUAUUUUUCCAUUUGGGGAUCAAAUUUGCUGUAGAAGCCAAAUUUCAACAGAAGCAAAAGGGGGUGAAUUGCAUUACCACCACUUGGUAUUGCUGUCUGGUGCAGAAGAAUUUUCCUUACAAUGAUGGGAUUCACGUAGUGCUGUACUUAACUAAGCAGAAUCUUCAAGAAGAAAAGACAUGCCAAAUAGAUGACCUGAUGGAGUUCCAGCACGAUUAGAGGAGAAGAAUUGCCUGUUUUCUCCUCUAGGCAGUGGGAGGAGCUGGUGAGGAAGAUGCCACCACGGCCCCUGGGGUUCCUGGAAAAAUGGCAGGAGGCGGAAGACAGUUUCACCUCCACCGUUGCCAGCCGGGCUUCUCGAGUGAUAUCCCCGACGUUUCUUUUCCUCCCUAUCAACCCUCUUUGUCUUUGUCCUAUGUUGAAACCAUGUGUUCAUAAGACUAAGCACAUAUUAAAGAUCCCUAUCAAUAUAGAA